GGUGGUGGAUUAGUGACCUUGGUUGGAGUGGGAACGCCCCCGUCCAGUUGGACUGUCCUGCGAGGGGAGCUGCCGUCUUUGGCGACAUGGGAUAUGAUAGAUUGUUAGACCACGCGCAGCCGCUCUUCGUCGAUCCAUGCACGAUUCUCCAUCUCCUUCCGACCGCCAUGAGCUGCAGGGGGCCUUCAUUGAUUUUCGUCACGACCGAUGCGACUCCCCACCACGACGACAAAUUGCAGCUUCCGAGACGAUUGGGCUUGGCAGGAGGCCCUCCGAUAUGUUGGCGCUCGUGGGCUUAGGCGCAACGCGGACCGGGCAGGGCAGCGGUCUCUGCAUUCAUCUUCAUGCAGGCCCCGCGACAACCGAAGCCCGAAGCAGGCGAUUAUGGAUUCUAGACUUCAGUGGUCAAUUAGAAUGUAGAAGCACCAAUAGCACCAAUAGCACUAGUACCGGCCGUAUCACAGGGGAUUGAUUGAAGGGAGGGGUCGACCGCCAGGCAGCUAUCUUCCUCGGCAUUUGCUGCCCCGCAGUGCUGCAAUUGAAGGCGCUCGCUCGCUGGAUCGAUCGAUCGUGGGAUUUUUUGCUGCUUUGCGGAGUGCGGGUCCUUCCUGUGCGACAUUUAUUGUUCAGUUAGCACCUGCCACUCGGUGGCUCGCGUUCGAGCUAGAACUCUCCGAUGGGAAAUGUAAUUAGAGUCCGCCAGCAGCAGGAACCGGGGCGACGAUGAGUCCUUCCUCGCAUACUUGCCCCGAGUGGCGAUGACCGACGAAGACGACAGCCCUUUUUUUUUCAGUGCAGUUUUGAUUCUUCGCCUCGUGAGAAGGAUGCCCUCCCACCCGUGCGUGUGACGGCAGCAUUGCAAUAGCAUUAGCAUUAGCAUUAGCGUUUGCAGGACGACGAGCUGGCAACGAUGCACUUGGAGCACGAAGACGUCGAGCCAAUCCAGAAUUCCAGCCCGGCACUUUCGUCACUCUUCGCCGGUCUCGGUUGUGUAUAGCACAUUCAUUGCAAUCCUCCUCAACUCCACACUAGCUUCUAUCAUUCUCUCCAAUCCUUUUGCUGAUCCCCAUCGUUCUCUUCGAGCUUUAUUCCUCUCUUCCCAUUCUGCACACUUCCAUCUUCUCUUCAGAGCAUUGCCAGUAGCCAGCGGUAGGAAAGCCAUCAGAGCCGAGCUGCCAGGUCCUCCGGCACAUGUACAGAGUUCGUCGAGGUCUGGUGGAUAUGGAGGACAGCUCCAGCAGCAGCAGCUGGAGGAGGGAUCGGGGGGUCUCGGAUGGGCCGGCAGGGGUACAGAAACAGGUCAGGCACCAGAGACGGGCGCGGAUCGGUAGCGGGUGCUGGGGGCUACUGCUGGCGCUGCUGGUGACGAUGAUUUGCGGCGCUUCGGGGCUGAAUUCCGAGGGAUUGGCGCUGCUGGCCUUCAAGAGGGCGGUGCUGGACGACCCGAGGCAGACGCUGAGCGACUGGAACCAGGGCGACGCCACUCCGUGCAACUGGACGGGCAUUUCGUGCGGCGCCGGCAGCCAGAGCGUGGAGCAGAUCUCUCUGCCCAGGAAACGAUUGCUGGGCCGGAUCGUGGACGACCUCGGCAACCUGACCAACCUGCGGCGGCUGAAUCUGCACGACAACGCCUUCUUCGGGUCGCUGCCGGCCGACCUCUUCGGCUCGUCGGCGCCCCUGCUGAAGACGCUCUUCCUGCACAACAACAAUCUGUCGGGGCCCCUGCCCGCCUCCAUCGACCGCCUCGUCGCCCUCCAGCAUUUGGACAUCUCCAACAAUGGCUUCGUGGGCGACAUCCCCCCGCAGAUUGCAGCGUGCACUCGCCUGCUGACGCUUCUUCUGGGGGGCAAUGACCUCUCGGGGCCCAUUCCUGAGGGCCUCGGGAGCGCACUGACGUCGCUGCGGUCGCUGGAUUUCUCCUCCAAUCGGCUCAGCGGCACCAUUCCUCCCGAUUUUGGCAACCUCACGGUUUUGCAGCUGAACCUCUCGAGCAAUCAGCUGCAAGGCGCGAUUCCUGCCAGCUUGGGCAACCUGCCGGACUCGGCCUCGUUGGAUUUCAGCAGCAACAAUCUGUCGGGCCCGAUCCCUCGGGACGGAGCUCUGGCAAAUCAGAGCCCCUCAGCCUUUUCGAACAAUCCGGGGCUCUGCGGGGCUCCUCUGGCGACUGCGUGCGCGCCGUCGGAGGCGCCCUCGCCCGGGGCUGCGAGCGCCCUCGGGCCCUCCAGCCCCAGCCCCGCCGCCGUGACGAUGAGGAAGGCGGGGCUGAGCACAAAAGCUCUGAUCGCCAUCGUGGUGGGCGACUCGGUGGGAAUUCUGGUGAUCGUGAUCGUGUUCGUGUACUGCCUGCGGAGGAGAUCCAACUGCCAGAAGCCGAAGAAGCGGUACGAGAAUGGGAACGGGAACAAUUCCAGUGACAAUUCGGCGUCCAACAGCCAGAGCUGGGGGCUGGGCUGCUUCCCGGUGUCGAAGGACGGAUCGGAGGCGUCGGAGAAGAUCGAGCAGGGCGAGCUGACGAGGCUCGACAGCGACGUGAAAUUCGACCUGGAGGAGCUGCUGCGGGCGUCGGCCUACGUGCUGGGCAAGAGCGGGGUGGGCAUCGUGUACAAGGCUCUUCUGGAGGAGGGCGUGGCCGUGGCCGUCAGACGCCUCGGCGAAGGGGGCGCCAACUCCUUCAAGGAGUUCGAGCACGAAGUCCAACUCGUCGGCAAAAUUCGCCAUCCCAACAUCGUCAGCCUGCGCGCGUACUACUGGGCCGUCGACGAGAAGCUGCUCAUCUACGACUUCAUCCCCAACGGAAGCCUGGCCCAAGCCCUGCAUGCACGAACGCCGGAUUCUCCCGUGAGCACGCCGCUCAACUGGGCCGAGAGGCUCAAAAUCGCGCAGGGAGCCGCUCGAGGUCUGGCCUACAUCCAUGCGUGCGGGGGUAAGCACAAGCUAGUGCACCGCGACAUCAAAUCGUCCAACAUUCUCCUCGACGUCGACAUGGAAGCCCGCAUCUCCGAUUUAGGUCUGGCUCGACUCCAAAAUCUCGCUGGAGGGAGUGUCAUCGCACCGAAACCAGCAGAAGGCGAGAGUCUGAGCACGAGCUCCGCUCCCUCGUCCAUCCAAGGCCUCUCAGGUGGUCUCGGAGGAAGCGGAGGAGUGGGAAGGAGGGGCCCUCCAGCGAGCGACCAACGAAUCAGUCCGAGCGCGAGCUAUUAUCCCCCAGAAGCGAGCGAGGCGAAGAAGAAGGCGACUCAGAAAUGGGACGUGUACUCUUUCGGAGUGGUGCUGUUAGAGAUUCUGACGGGGAGGUCGCCGGCCAUGCACUUGGCCUCUGCCGAGAUGGAUUUGGCCACUUGGGUGCGCGAGACGGUGGAAGAGAGGAAGCCCAUCUCCGAGGUUCUGGAUAUCCACCUGUGCGCUGAGAUCUCCAAACUGGAAAGCGAGUUCAUGGAGGCUCUUCAAAUCGCUCUUCUGUGUACCGAGCCCUCGCCCGAGCAGAGACCCACCAUGGGGCUCGCCUCCCAUAGCCUGGAGCAGAUAGGCCGCAAAUUGGAGAUUUGUGUGAGUGAGUGAGAGACGGGGCUGACCGACCGACUUCAUCGAGAUCCUGCAUUCUGAUCGUGCGAGUGAGUUCCACCCUCGAAGCUCUCAGAUGAUGAAGCGCAAUUGUCUCGCUCGAUCGAUCGAUCGAUGAUGCUGUGGGAUCUUGCGUUUCUUCAUCACCAUCACCUUCCGUCUUCUUCAUCCUUCUCAGUCUCAAACCCUGCAACGAAAGUGGAUUCUUUUCCAUCCUUUGGAUCAACCAUUACCUUGAUCGACCAGAUGGAACUUAUUCAUGUCAGAGCAAGAGACCACCUUCUCAAUAGCUAUGGAUUGUGCAGACGUUUGCAUCCAUCCCGUGAAUGCAAGAUGAAAAAAAUCUACGUCCGCAUUGGCCUCAUGAGACGAUGGUGUAGAGAUCCGCACAAUCUCCGUCCGCCUCCCAGAUCUAUCUCUUCCCGGAUAGAUACCCAAGCCUAGCUAGCUAGCUGAUGAAGUUGGUCCUUUAAUUCAUUCGACUUAGAAUUUAAUCUCUCCAAACAACUGAACAACGAAGGUAAAUUUAUGUGUAGUUGAAUCAUCAUCAUCAUCCACCGUGCCCUUAGUGUGCCCCGGCUGGGGAAAUGUGCGCACACGCCACUGUGUAACUUCACUCGAGGUUUUUUGGUGGAAGAAGAAGAAUGUACACCAUCUACCGCAAGGCGCAUUUCUUUGCGGACAUUGAUGCUUGAAGGCAAACGGACUGAUUGGUAGUACACUCUCUGGAACUUCCGUGGGUGAUGAUGG